CCGGGGUGAAACACGCGACUCCUCCCGUCAUGUCAUCAUCCUUAUGAAAGCAAACAUCUCGGAGUGUUGAUGUUUACUGCGGGGCUGUGCGCUGCUCUCACCGGAGGGAAUGUCUGUUUACAGGAACGCCGUCUGGUUCGUGAAGGGCCUGCAGGAGUACACCAGGAGCGGGUAUGAAGCUGCAGCAAAGCAUUUCGCCGCCGCCGACCUGGACGUGGACCUCAGUGGGCGGAGCUUCAUGGUCACCGGAGCCAACAGCGGCAUCGGGAAAGCGGCGGCGCAGGAGAUCGCCAGCAGAGGGGGAACGGUUCACCUGGUGUGUCGGAACAAAGGCCGAGCCGAAGCAGCCAAAGACGACAUCGUGCAGCGGAGUCAGAACCCGAACGUGCACGUGCACAUCGUGGACAUGUCCAGCGCACGGCAGGUGUGGGAGUUCGCUCAGCGCUUCUCGCAGGACAAUGCACUGCACGUGUUGAUCAAUAACGCCGGCUGCAUGGUGAACCAGAGGGAGCUGACCGACGAGGGCCUGGAGAAGAACUUCGCCACCAACACGCUCGGUACCUUCAUCCUGACCACGGCUCUGAUUCCGACCCUGCAGAAGGCUGAAGACCCUCGAGUGGUCACCGUGUCGUCCGGCGGGAUGCUCACACAGAAGCUCAACCUGGACGACCUCCAGUUCGAGAAGGGCGCGUUUGAUGGCACCAUGGCCUACGCUCAGAACAAAAGGCAGCAGGUGGUGCUGACGGAGCGCUGGGCCGCUCUGCACAAGAACAUCCACUUCUCCUCCAUGCACCCGGGCUGGGCGGACACCCCCGCCGUCCAGUCGUCCAUGCCGUCGUUCCACGCCAAGAUGCAGUCCAGGCUGCGGACGGAGGCCAUGGGCGCCGACACCGUGGUGUGGCUCGCCGUCUCCGCCGCCGCCGCCAAACAGCCCAGCGGACUCUUCUUCCAGGACCGUAAGGCGGUGGCGACGCACCUGCCGCUCGCCGCCUCGCGCUCCUCCUCCCAGGACGACGACCGGCUGCUGGCGGCGCUGCAGGAGCUCGCCCUCAAGUUCAAACCCUGAGCGCCGGCAGGCUCCGCCCCCCGAACACUCCAGUGACCAAUGACGGCCGAGGCUACGGCCUCCGGAUCCGUCUCAGCAACAGCGGCUUCAUCCAGACGCAGGAAUGUUGUAAUCUGUAGAAACUGUUCAUGUCUAAACUGCUUUGUUUGGUUUCAUCAAGAAUAAAAAACGUUUCUUUCAUCGCGGCUCG